GUUCGUUCGAGCAGCGUCGGAGCCCGCGCGCCCCCGAGUGAUCAGCGUGUUUCGCGCCACCUGCCGCGCCGUGCCGUGCCGCGUCGCGCCGCGCCGCGCCGCGCCGCGCCGAGCAGAGCCGAGCGGAUGAGGAUCCACCACGUCGAGGAUAGACCGGAGCACAGCCGCGGCGGGCGCGCUCGAAUGCCGGCCCUCUCUGUUUAUGAGAGGCGUCCCGACGCGACCGGCUGACGUCGGCCGGCGGCAAUUUCGACCGGGCACCCGGAUCGGCUUGUUACGCGCGCGAGCUCGCAGGAGGCGCAGGAAAAAACGGUUGUUUACCUGCUCGCAGCCGCGAAUAAUCCCCCAACUAACCGGAAGCUCGGAUGAUCGGCCGAUUUUUCUGUGCCGCCGCGUGCAAGAUAGUGAAGUGAGGAUUCCAGCCAAGGUGAAGGUGAGCACCCCGGCAACCAAGGGUCCGUUGAAUCCGCUUCGUUGCUGCGGGACGAGGUCCAGCCUUGAAGAGGUAUGAAAGGGAUGUGACGAAUCGGGAAGGACAAGAGGGAACGGCGCAAGAAGUAGAGGGAAAAAGGUUCUCGAGAACUGUCUUCGCGGUCUCAUUAAAACGAGUCUAUCCGUCGAGAACCGACUCGGCUCGACUGUUUCGCUGUAACAAUUCUCGAAGAGAAGUCCAUUGUUGAUUAUUCAGACGAAUUUAUCGCAACCAGUUGUUGUUGACUCCUCGCGGCCGUUAAACUUGUUGAUCCGCGCGAGCGUGCACCGGGUGUUCACGAAGUGACCGCAGACGAAGCUUGAUCUCCCCUCGAGGAGAACAAUCUCGCAGCUGGGAGACAGUCUAUUUUGAAAGAGUCGCGCCAUCUUCGCGAACGAAGAGUUAACUUAUGAGGCACGGAAUUGAUGGAAACGAGAAGCCGCGCGUUCCGUCGAAUUGAAAUUCGUCGACGUCGAAUCUCGUUGUGAGACUUGAACAUCGGUCGACGAACAUACCGGAGCUUCGACUGGCGUAACAGUUUGACCUUCUUCGAGCGUCUUGCGGGAACUAUCGUGGAAUCCGCGUGAAAUGAGGAGGAAGAAGCGUAUACAGGAAUUGAGGCGUUCGAGAUGAGCGAAGCUUCUCUGGAAAGGUGACAGGAGAUUCGCCGAUUCGCAAUAUAGCAGCUCCGCGUUAACGUCGCGAGUGUUUACCGGGUGUCCGGGAAACGCGGAUAACACUGUCGCGGAGGCGAUGCGAAGAAAUUCCUGGUGGAGCGAGUUUCGGGAAAGUUACCGAGAGUGUUAAACUUGCUGGCGCGCACGAGCUGCACGUGAGGCCGAGUAAUAUACCCAAGAAGUUGCGGGGAUUCGCAGGAAAUUUCCCGAAAGGGAAACCAGACGUGGGGGACGUGAUCGAAAUCUUCUAGUCGAACGGAACUGAUCCGGAGCCGCUGCUCGCGCGCACGAGUGUCCACGUUUAGGAGACUAACCUUAGCAGUAUUCCGGGGAAACUGGGAAAAAUCGAAAUUCUCCGAGCAGCAUGGGACACGAAGGCCGGUGCCAUUGAGAGCUGCUGGCGAAGAGGUUCAGCGGAGGCCGCGAGUCCCUCUGGUGAUCAAUCGAAGCGGCCAGAUGAGAUCAAGGAGAGUCCAUGAGGACACGGAUGACUCGUCGUCGAUAUUCGAAUGCGAGGACAUAAUAAAGUUAUAAUACUAUCGAGAGUCUGUACUGGAAAAAUCGUUGCAGUCAGUCUCGUGCGACCGUGUCAAAGAAAUAUUAUAGUUGAUCUACCACGUUCCCGUUUCCAAACUGCAAACAGAGAGAGAGAGAGAGAGAGAGGGAGAGAGAGAGAGAGAGAGAGAGAAAUAUAUAUAUACACACACAUAAAUGAAUAUAUAUUCAUAUACCUAGAUAUAUGUAUACAUAAAUGAUAUAUUGAUGUUAAUCGGAGUUAUUGAUUGAGAAUUUUCGGAUCCGUCGAUAGUCGGUGGGAACAGUUUGUUGAAAGUUUGGCGUCGCAAGUGCUCAGGGGACGGAUCUGGAUUCUGGACGCGGAAAAAUGGCGAUGGUAAUAUCGCCUCGUAGCAAGAUCGUGACCCUGUCCUUGCUGAUCGGGAUAAUUACGUUAGUGGCGGUGAUAAUUACCGGUGUGAUCGGGAUAUGGCACAAGAGCGAGGAGCCCACCAAGCCAGGGACUAAAUUGGUCAGCAGCAAGUUGCAACAGAUCACCGGAUACCCGGACACGAAACACAUCGGACGAGACGAUGACGAAGACAGAAGCGAGAAAAGCAAUCCGCCGCCAUUCAUCACGCCUCCUCCCCCAAAUCCGGACUACAAAGGGCCGAAAGGUGAUAAAGGCGAUAAAGGAGACAAGGGUGAUAGCGUUAGAGGUCCUCCAGGACCACCCGGACCACCAGGUCAAGAUGAGGGUCCUCCAGGGAAGAAAGGCGAUCCCGGCACAUGCACCUGCAACACGACGGCUCUAAUGGCGUCCUUCACGAUGCCGAAAAUGAUCCAGGGGCCCAAAGGCGAACAAGGACUGCCCGGACAAGAAGGAAAGCAGGGGCAAAUGGGGCUGACGGGAGCCGCAGGACCACCCGGAGAGAGAGGAAUCGAAGGACCAGUCGGCGCUAAAGGAGACAAAGGAGACGCAGGGGUACAGGGGCCGGAAGGUUCGCAAGGACAAAAAGGAGAGCCGGGUCUCGAUGGAAUACCGGGCGAAAAAGGCGCGCAAGGACCUCCUGGGCCACCAGGAAAGAGCGAAUUCUCUGGAUUCGACCCCAGCUGGAAGCCGCGGGGCAUUUAUAGGACGGAGGACAUCACGAUGAGGCCAGGGCGACCGGGACAGAAGGGUGAAGCAGGAGUACCAGGAAGUCAAGGGCAGAAAGGAAUCCCAGGUAUUGCUGGCGCCAAAGGAGACAGAGGCGAACCAGGGCCGAAAGGCGCCAAGGGUGAUCACGGGAAAGAAGGUUCAAGAGGUACCCAAGGAUUCAAGGGCGAACCUGGUGCUCCGGGAGCACCAGGACUUCCUGGAGCUCCAGGCGAAAAUGGAAGACCGGCCGAAAAGGGUGACAAAGGUGACACUGGACCGGAAGGCAAAAUAGGGUCACCAGGACCUCCUGGACCACCAGGCAUGACAACGUUAAACGGUCCUGGAGAAAUAAAUGUUGGUGAUAUAGGGUUAAGACAAAGGGGAGAGAAAGGCGAGACCGGGGCGCGCGGGUACCAAGGAGAUAAGGGUUCCAAAGGCGAGAAAGGAGACAGGGGUGAUUCUGGACCAGCCGGAAUUCCUGGUGUGAAUGGCAUCCAAGGACCUCAAGGCAACAAAGGCGAACCGGGCAAGGGUGAAAAAGGCGACGUAGGUCCGCCAGGAGCGACAGCAAUAAUAAGCUCUGAUGGCUAUGUCACCAUCAAAGGCGAGGAGGGCAAGAGGGGCAGGAGAGGACGACCCGGGCAACCUGGUCCUGCGGGACCACCAGGUCCCAUGGGACCACCUGGCAAACAGGGAAUCAAGGGAGAGUUUGGGUUGCCAGGAUGGACGAACGGUAUGAAAGGCCGUGCUGGAACUCCUGGACUUCCCGGACCUGUUGGACCAACAGGACCCAAGGGAGAAAAAGGAGAGCCCGGAUCACUGAGCUCUUACGGAGUUUCCGUCGGUAUGAAAGGAACGAAAGGAGAUGAUGGUUUCCCUGGCAUUCCCGGAGAAAGAGGACCUCCAGGACCUCCAGGACCUCCAGGACCUCCUGGACAGGCUGAGUCUCAAGGGAAGUACAUUCCAGUUCCAGGACCACCAGGACCUCCAGGACCACCGGGGACACCUGGAAUGUCUUUGGCUGGACAAAAAGAAGACGCGGGACUCGGCAGAGGUCAUAUUUUCAGCGAAAGAGACAACUACGGCGUCAGACAAGGACUCAGAUCUAGUCUGGACAAAUUGAAGGCUCUUCGUGAACUGAAUCAACUGAAAGAAUUAAAAGAUCGCUUAGAUGCUGCAACCACUGCGACGAGAGGUCCUUUAGAGACCACGACGAAGAUCGUGCCUGGAGCAGUGACUUUCCAAAACACCGAAGCUAUGACCAAAAUGUCCGGCGUAAGUCCGGUUGGAACACUCGCUUACAUCAUCGACGAGCAGGCCUUGCUCGUCAGAGUGAACAAUGGCUGGCAAUACAUCGCUCUGGGCUCACUUCUACCCAUAACUACUCCUGCACCACCGACAACGUCUCCACCCCCAGCAAAUCCACCUUUUGAGGCUUCCAACCUGAUCAACCAGAUACCCGUGAAAGCAGAUGGAACAGGGUGGUAUCCUCGAAUGCUACGAAUGGCUGCCUUGAACGAACCAUUUACCGGAGACAUGCACGGUGUGCGAUCAGCAGACUACGCUUGUUAUCGACAAGCAAAACGAGCAGGAUUAAGGGGUACGUUCCGUGCAUUCCUUAGCUCCAGGGUACAGAACGUCGACAGCAUUGUAAGGCUUGGAGAUAGAGAUCUUCCCAUUGUCAACAUAAAGGGAGACGUGCUCUUUAAUUCUUGGAAAGAGAUGUUCAAUGGAAACGGCGCGUACUUCUCCCAAAAUCCUAGGAUUUACAGUUUCAACGGCAAAAAUAUUCUCACCGACUUCGCAUGGCCGGAGAAAGUGGCGUGGCACGGGUCGCACAAAUUAGGGGAUCGGGCGAUGGACACGUACUGCGACGCUUGGCAUUCGAGCAGCUCCGAUCGUUACGGAUUAGGUUCGCCCCUGACAGGUGGCCGCCUCUUGGAGCAAGUUCGUUAUUCCUGCGAUAACAAGUUCGCGCUACUCUGUAUAGAAGUGACCAGCGAGACCACAAGAAGGAAGAGGAGCGUCGAAGUUGCGGAGGAGGAGGAGGAGAUGUCGGAGGCCGAUUACAAGGAGUACUUGGACGCUCUGAUGGAAAAUUAAUCGCUACCGAUCUACUAAAAUAAUAAACAAAGCAAUUCGCUCGUUAAGCAAUUAGGAAUCGAGAUGUUCUUGUCCUCGUCGAUCCUUUGAGGCGCGGACCGUUUGAGAUUUAUCAUCGAAAGGUGGUUUAAAAGGAAGCCUUUAACAAGGCGGCCCAGGCAACGAAGAAAAAAUUCUGUCGAACAGCGAGCAUCUCGUUUCCGAGCAGGGAGGGAAGACCAUAAAGUCUAUCUUGAACUCCAAAGGUUAUAAUCCAUAAAUCGCGAGUCAUUAGUCAACGCUUUACACGAAUUUCCGUUCUCUUUAUAAGAAACAAGACUGAUCGUCUAGACAUCGUUCAUCAGUGUGUCAUAUCGAUUGCCUGCAUUCUUGAUCUGUCGCUGUCGGGAUGCCCGCUGGAACUUCGACGUUCGAUCCCGAUCACGGGCAAAUCGGCUAGACGUCAUUAAGGGUCCCUACAUCACGAUAAACGUCCAGAGUACUUAGACCACUAUUACGAGAAGAGAUUCUUAAAGCCGUGACAAGAAUGCCCGCUGCAAGUCAUUAUUUACUUUUAAGGGAUAAGAAUGGAUAACAGGAAACAGAAUACCAACGUACUACUUUAAACUAAUGACUGUCCUACGACCUAAAUAAAACGGAGAUCAUAUCCGCGAUCGAAUUGCAUUUACACUUUAGCCAAUUACAUAUGAGUGUGUAUGUUAGAUGUAAGAAACGAGUUGAUUAACGAAAGAUUCCGUAAGACCGUUCAGUUCCCCGAGGAAUCCGGAUUUAUGCUCCGUGUAGAUCACCGCGACGGACAUGUUGCAAUCCACAGAGUGGUCCUAAACGUGUGGGAAAUUUUAGACGGAUCGAUUGUCAUCGCGAAUAGUUUAAAGCUAAAACAAUCCCCCGUACGAAUAUACGAAAAUAGAUUUUCGCUUGAAAGUUCUUGCCUGGCCUACAAUCGAAAUCUAAAUAGACGUCAAUUAAUCGAAAUAACUUUCAUGGAAAUUCCGGAGGUAAUUGACGAUCUAUCUCUGCCUCCUCCGUUCUCUUAAUUAUCGCGUGAACCGAUCUGCUCGGCACCAAUAAAUAAUUCUAACCGAUUUCGAAAAUAAUUUUCAUGCGCCCUCUUGCGUAACUUUAGAUUUUAUAUUCAAAUAUAUUCAGUUUGCUUGAAAUCCAUACAGUUCCUUACUGACGAGUUAUGCAACUGUAGAAGACUGAAUAGUAUUUAAUACUUGUCCCUGAAGAACGUUAUAAAUGUCAAUUUUUUCAAUCCGAUCGGCCGUCUUAAAGAAAAAUGCGUUACUCGAGUAUUCGAUCUUCCUUCGUUCGAACUAUUACAUCUGUUUCGCGUUAAUCUUGAUUUUAUGUUUGUCAUGUGUGUUAUCUGUUUGAGCUUUCGUGUGGUUUCUUGUGUUUUUUGCGAAAACUUCUCCGCGAAUGGAUGUUCAGAGGAAACGGAUAUAUCUUAGACGAAAAUUUCCCGUAUGUUUAGAAACAAUCGAGAUCAACUGCAAUCCAGAAUCAGACAGAACGCAAAAAGAAUGGCCUAACCAGUAACAGUUGAUACAGCUUUCUAUACUACUAGCAUAUACGUAGCAAUAUUUUAUAACUUAUUUAUAGUUCGUUGAGAAAACGUUGCCAUUUUGCGAACUGUCGCCAUGUAAUCGUGUUUAAUGUCUGCGUUUACAUCGAGCAUAAAUCGAAUUUACGUCAGUGUCUAUAAUUCGAAAAUACGAUACCACUAACACAUAACAGUAAUUUAAGAUUAAGUAAAAGAAAAUCGUCGGUCUAAUAUGUUUAGGUUGUCAGCAUGCUUGUUGGCGAAUAAUUCGUAUCGAAUGAUUCCCUUGAUGUCGUACGUAGACCUUGACAUCCCUAUGUAAAACCAACUAUCCUUCGAUAUAGUUUGCACCGAGGACCGUUUUGUUUCGAAAUUUUGUAUGAUUUGUACACUUUAUUAUUGUCUUUCUAAAUAAAAAAAAUGAAAACUGUA